AUGCAAGAAUCAAAAUUAGGACUAGUCGUCACUGCAAAGCAAACUUACUAUCCAAUUGAGUUAUCAAAUUCAGAAUUACUCGCUCAUUACGAAACUAUCCAAGAAUAUCAUCAAGAUAUAGCUUCAAACAUCAUCGAACAAUCAUCAAAGUAUAAGCCAGACCCAAAGUUGAUAGACCAACAGCCAGAAAUGGAACCUUCUGCAACUCGUUCUACCAUCGUCUCUUUUCUAUUCGAAUUAUCUGUAGUCACAAGAGUCACUGACGGUAUCUUCUUCCAUGCCGUUAGACUAUAUGAUCGUUACUGUUCAAAGAGAAUUGUCUUGAAAGAUCAAGCUCAAUUAGUCGUCGCUACUUGUUUAUGGCUAUCUGCGAAGACUUGGGGUGGUUGCAAUCACAUCAUCAACAACGUCUGUGUACCAACUGGUGGUAGAUUUUAUGGUCCAAACCCAAGAGCAAGAAUUCCACGUCUAUCAGAAUUGGUUCACCAUUGCGGUGGAUUACAUGUCUUCGAUGAAUCGAUGUUUGUUCAAAUGGAAAGACAUAUUCUAGAUACUUUAAACUGGGAUGUUUGUGAACCAACUAUCAAUGAUUAUAUUUUAAACGUCGAUGAAAAUUGUUUAAUACAAUAUGAAUUAUAUAAAAGACAAUUAGAAUACAAUAAAGAAUGGAAGGCCAAACGUCAAUCACAAUCAACACAAGAUAGUGACUCAACAAUAAAUGAUCUAGAAGCUGAAAAUAAUAAUGAAGACUCAGAUGAAGAUGGAGAUCUAGAUUCAAAAAUCCAACUGAUAAACUUAAAGAGAUUUUUGAUCGAUUUAUCAACUUGGCAAUAUUCUCUUUUGAAAUACGAGCUGUUCGAACUAAGUAAUGGGAUUUUCUCCAUAAUAGAUAAAUUUACCAAUCAUGAUCAAGGUCCAUUUUUAAUGUCUCCUCCAAUUUCAGCUUCAUACCAAGUACAAUUAUUAAACAUUUAUAUUAACGCUAUCAUUAACGCUCCAGAAUCUUUGAUAGAAGUUUAUAGAAAACAGACUGGUGUUAUGGAAUUUAUUUCCCGUGUUAAAGAUUAUCAUUUGGAUCUACAAAAAAAGUUACAACUCGCUUCUUCUUUGGAUUUAUCAAGGAAAAUGUCUGCCACAAUUCCAAAUGGAAAUGGUACAUUUUUCGAUCGCAAUGCUUCCCCAUCAUCUAUUUAUUCAUCACAAUCAUAUACUCCAUUGAGAAACACUAGCGCAUUAUCAGAAAACUCGUUGUUCAGCACAACAUCUGUAGAUCAAUCAUCUCCUAUUACUCCACAAAUGUACAUGUUUGGUCAAUUCAAAACCGACAGUGAUUGUGCUAGUACCAUUAGUGUCAAUAGUAUUUCAAAUCUGAAGAAUUCUAACAACAGUAAUGCAAAUAUUAAUAGAAUUAAAAUGGAUAAUGAUGAUGAUAAAGAAAAUGUUGAUCCUUAUAGACAAAUAAAAAUGAAAAACAGUGUGAAUUCAAAGAAUAAUAGUACAACUACUUUCUGUUCUCCAAGCAAAACAAAAGAAAGCUUGAGCAAUAAGCCAUCAAUAAUGUCUCUAACCCUUAUAAAUACCACUGGAAUGGUAUAA